AUGGAGGGGGGCGACGACCCCAGCUCCCGGCCCUUCCUCUACGAGGUGCCGGCCUGGAUCAUGUGCCGCUUCUACGAUGUGAUGGACACGCUGGAGGACUCCCACUGGAACAAGUUCGCCUCCCUGAUAGUCCGGGACCAGACGGAGCUACGGCUGCACGAGAGGGUGCCCGCCCGCACCGCCAGCAUCAUGUGGCCCUGGGUCAACCGCAACGCCCGCGUCGGCGACCUCGUCCAGAUCCUGACCGACCUCCAGCUGCUCCGGGCCCGGGACAUCAUCACCUCCUGGCAUCCUCCUCCACGGUUGCUGCAUGGGGCUCCACUGCACCCCACCCCCUUGGAGUACAGGCCGGCCCCGCCGCGCCUCGCCCCCUCCCCCGGGCCCGGGCCCAGCCAUGGGGACACCGCCACGAUGCCAAAGAAGCUGCCCUCCUCCUCUUCCUCCACCUCCACCUUCCCCUCUCCAGGCUUUCUCUCGGACUGUGGGCCCGCAUCCCACCCGCCCCUGGGCCUCCCGCACCAAGGUCCCUCUGCUCCUGUUCCUCCCAGUUUAAUCUCCAGCUCCUUGUCCUCCUGCGAGAAGCAGAAAGAAGAACGUACCUGCUUUACGGAACUGGCGGGCGGGCAGGUCCCCUUCCGCUGGCCAUUCCCAGAAGUGUCCCAGGGCACCAGGAACUUCUCGGAGCAACUGAAGAUCGGGGAGGGUGGCUUCGGCUGCGUGUACCGGGCCACCCUGAGGAACACGGUGUAUGCGGUGAAGAAGCUGAAGGAGGACGCAGAGCUGGAGUGGAGUGUGGUGAAGAAGAGCUUUGUGACAGAAGUGGAGAAACUCUCCCGGUUCCGCCACCCCAACAUCGUGGACUUUGCUGGCUAUUGUAUGGAGGGCGGGCUAUACUGUCUGAUCUACGUGUUCUUGCCGAACGGCUCCCUGGAGGACCGACUUCACGGCCAGAGGAGAAGCCUCGCCCCUCUCUCCUGGGCCCAGCGGGUGGACAUUCUCUUGGGCACUGCCAGGGCCAUCCAGUUCCUGCACCGUGACAACCCCAGUCUGAUCCACGGAGACGUGAAGAGUUCAAAUAUCCUCCUGGACGAGCAGCUGACGCCGAAACUGGGUGACUUUGGCCUGGCUCGCUUCAGCCGCUAUGCCGGCGCCGGUUCCGGUAGGAGCAGCUCGCUGGCCCGGACGCAGACGGUGCGGGGCACGCUGGCCUACCUGCCCGAAGAGUACGUGAAGACGGGGAAGCUGACCGUGGAGAUCGACACGUACAGUUUCGGCGUGGUGUUGCUGGAGAUCCUGACAGGACGACGAGCCAUGGAGUCGGCCGGGGACGGCCGGUCGCGAGCCAAGUACCUCAAAGACCUGGUGGAGGAAGAAGACGGAGAGGCCGAAGAGCCGCAGAAGAGGAAUUGGCCCCCGACCACCGGGGACACCUCGGCGUCGGAUGUUCGCGCGGCGGCCGUGGCCGAGCGGCUCUACAGGAAGCACUUGGACUCAAGGGCGGGACCCUGUCCUGAGGAAUUGGCCAGGGAGUUGGGCCAGUUGGCCUGCCGGUGUCUCCAUCGCAGGGGCAAGCGACGGCCCCUGAUGACUGAGGUCUACGAGAGGCUGGAGAAGCUGCAGAGCAGGGGAGACCUGUUCUCCGGGCAAGACGCUAGCAGGACGAAGGAGCCGGCCUCCCCCCAGGAGAAUUCGUACAUGUUCACUCCCCACUGUGCACCUGAGGACAGAGAAGGCUCUCGAACCCCCCGCUACGGGGUUAGCAGCCCGCAGCCCCUCCAAACCGAAGGGGAAGCGUUCCUAAGGGGGCUCUUCCGGCCUCGCCCCAACCAGCCGGUGGAGAGUGAUGAGAGCGUGUCCGACGCCUGCGCCGCGGUCGGCUCCUGGAGCUUGAGCUGCACCUCGGGGCCGAGCCCGAGUCCGCCAGGAGGUCCCGGGAGGUCGGCCGGGGGGACGCCGGCGGCUGGCUCCCUCGCUGAGCCGCGGAGCUGGGGUCGUGCGGCUCCGGCAGCUUGGGGCCGCGAUUUCCCGGCCUCGGCGGACUCUGGGCGAGGAGGCUCGGGUCGGUGUUGGGAGGGCCGGGCCCAAGAGGAGAGCUCCAGGCUGGGCCGGGCGUCGUCCGAGGAACACAGUUCUCAAGGUGACUCAUUGCCUGUGAGCCACCAGAUAAUCAUUAACCCUGCCCGGCAGAAGUUUGUCCAGAAGUUGGCACUGUACAAAGACGGCGUGCUGGACAGUUUGGAACUCCUCUCUUCCAGCUCCUCCCCAGGGUUGGUACCAGAGCCCAGAACCUCCCAAGGACCAGAGGAGAGCGAUGACUUUCAGAGCUGAGUUGCAUCUGUGGACAGAUACCCAAAUGUGGAAGAAAAAGUUCUCAUUGUUGGAAGUUCUCAAAGUGCAAGAACACUUUACCCCUCAGGCUCAUCCCAGCUGCACUUUGGGGAGCAAGAAUGAAGGCCCGGGCCCACUGCAAGGGAGAGGAGAGCAGAGGCCGGGAGAAGGAUCCCAGAAGCUGACGAUGGUCACCCCAAGAGCUGCCGCGACCCUUGUCCCAGCGGUCUAGAGGCCACAGGUUUCACGCCGACACCUUCCGAACAGCUUCCGACGUCCCCGUCGAUCCUCCCAUCCAACUUUUUUAGAAUGCUUUGGAUUUCUCCAGUGAGGCCUUUCAGAGCCGAUCCCCUGAUGAGAAACCGUGCCGUUUUGUAUUUUGAGAGCUUGAAGCUGGGAGGACCCCGCUGUUACGUUGGCAGGAAUCUCUUCAUCAGCUUGCGGUACUCUGUGCCCUCCAGCUCCGUGCCACGCAUCUGGAGCCGAGGGUUAGUGCUGGGGAGGAAAGGGUUUGAACCAGAACGGCCCAAUUCUCUCCACGUUGCUGGGAGAAGAUUAUCCACCGGGGCGGGGAGAGAUGUGUGUGUCUUCAAAGAGUGUGGCAGUUCACUUUUCCCUACUGUUAGCAGGAGCUGGGCUGGGGGAGGUGAGUUAGGGAGUUGUCAGUGGAAUUGGGAGUAGGUGGGGGAUUUUAACAUCUUCCUUCCCCUAAGAGUUUGACAUGAAAAAAGCGAGUUCCUGAGAGGGCACUUUAGAAGCGGUCACACUCUCAAUCAGCAGUAUCGAUUGAGUGCUCAGUGUGGGCAGAGCACUGUACUAAAUGCUCGGUAGACACAGUCCCUGCCCACU